AUGGUUCCGAAUAACGACAACAAGUAUGCGCUUAGAUCACAAAUGGACUAUUCCAAUGAUACUGGUUCGGAUGAUAGCGAUUCUGAUGGAUCUGAAUAUGAGGACGAUGAUGGAGGCAAUACUGAAUCUGAUGAUGAUUGUUUUCAAGAAGAAGAAGAUUACGAAGAUGAAGGCUUUUAUGAAAUAAUGGAUGAAGAGACCGAUGAUAGUGAAGUCGAAUAUGAGGAAGACAUUAAUGAUACUGAAGACGACGAAUAUGAAACUGAAUCAUGUGAAGAUGCUGAAACUGAAGUAGAAGAUCGUGAGGAGCAGGUUUAUUUACCGAAAGAGAACGAAACACAAGAGUACUCCAUGUACCUUAGAAUUUAUUUCGACCUUCUUGACUCUGGUAAUACGUUUUUGACGUGUGAGUUAACCGGAAUAGCGGAUGGGAAGUUCUAUGAGGCUUACAAAGAUUCCAUAGGUGAAAAUCUCAUUUGUGUUAUUCGAUGGGGUGUAUUUGAUGUAUUCCAAGAUAGGAGGACUGUAUCUAACACUAUAUGCAUGCAAAUUAGGCUUAACCCUGACAUUCCAGAAGUUGAAACAUUUGGACGAACUCUAGGAAGAGAGCACGUACAAAAAAAUGAUGGGGACCAUGAGCAUGCGUUUUCUAUACGCCUACAUCUAGAUGUUAAACGCAAAGAACUCAUGUCCGAUUAUGAAUGGGAAGACGAAGCAAUUGUCAAAGUUACAAAGGCGUUUCAAAAAUCUAGAGAUGUCUCUCAAAAGGAGACGGCGAAACGUUUCACCGCCAUUCUUGAUAUAGUGAAAGAGCAUAUGAAGAAGAAAGAAGAAUCAACCGAACUCACGUGUCAGCUUGAAACAAUUGAUGCUCAACUCUCACUAAUUGAUGAUAUCUUAGGUGGACACAUCGAUUUGAUUGAGGAGAGUAAGAGGCUUGAAGAAGUUAGAGUAGUUAUUGAGAAAGAUGUAAAAGAUUGUGUUGUGCCUAAUAUUGAUUGGGAUAAACUUUGUAUCCCAUUUAGUGGUUAA